CUGUUAAACAGCGUACAGUAGUCAAGCGUUAUGUGUCCGGGAUAUCCGCGAACGGACCGUGAGAAAACGACAGUACUUGAUAACAAUUAACAAAAACUUGCGAUUUUUUAAAAGAGGUACGAUCGUAUUGUUUUUGUUAAACGUCAUUUAGUUGCUGGACUCACAAUCGCGUUAAUACCUUAGAGUAAAAUAAAAUCCAUUGUAUAAAAAUUGGCUUAAUUUUUAUACGAUGACAACGGAUAAUUGUUAACAAAACUACGAGCUGCGGUGACGAACGUUGAUUAAUUAUGUUAAUCUCGACGCCACUGUAAUCAGUUGAAAAUAAGAACGUAGCGAAGGAAUUCUCUGUGAAAGAAAGUGGAAACCUGCUGCGGAGGGGUAAACGGCUUCUAGAUAACGGCAUAGUAAACGCCAAACGGUAUUCGAUCUUCUUCAUGCUUGUAUCAGUGAAGUUCUACUAUCGGUGGCUACCAUGAACAUUUUACGUGGAUUCGUGUAUGCAAUUCGCUGGUCCCCGUUCACUGUACCCGUUUCCGGUUUGAAACCACAAUAAUUAUCCAGGUGUAUCUAUUACUAUACAGUAUAUUUCACGAAGCUCCUCGCGAGCGGUUUCGUUAUCACAAGAAAAACACGGGAAUUAACAUGAACGUCAUGACCGGGCAAAACAAAGUGUACCACCGCUUGUUUGAACUAUCACCACCACCGAGCGUUAUCGCACGAUCGAACUCGAGUUAUUAAGGAUGAUACCAGAGAAGGGAAACACAAAGCAUCAAAUUUUUACUCGCUUCUCGAUCGAGUCACGUACGUGAAUUUUGAAGAAAACGAUUCGUCGGCGAAACGCGAGUUUCGAAUUUGACACGAACUCGUCCUGCAACGUGCAUUCGAUGGAAAAUAACGUCAGGAUGUUUUGACAGUCGACGGUCUUACCCGUUAAUGGCAAGAUAGGAAUUAACGAAGAUCAUCGAGGAGAGAUUACUAGAUUACUAAAGAUUACCAGAUUAUUCGGUGCGAAGAUGAACGUCCCGCAAAAUGUUUUGAGGAACGGAAAAUCGUUGACUAUUUGCAACAGUUUUAACGCGUCGAAAUACUAUAUACCCGGUUGCAAUUACGCAGGCGCUUCCCGCGCGUCGAGAAUGAACGAUGUGUCGGAUGGCGCGAAGAUCGAGAUCACGGAGAAAAAUUACGGGACUGCAGCUGCCGCGACCGAUAGUAUCGUGCAGGAAGCGCCAGAGCCACGAGGAAUUCCCGUAUUCGGAACUUUGUUAUCUUUCAUAUUAUCCGGCGGUCCAAAGAGACAGCACGAAUAUGUUGAUAGAAGGCACAGAGAAUUGGGCCCGGUCUACAGGGAACGCCUGGGACCGGUUACCGCGGUUUUCGUCAAUUCCCCGCACGAGUACCGUCGAAUUUUCCGGCUGGAAGGCUCGGCACCCAAACACUUCCUGCCGGAAGCUUGGAUGCUGUACAACGAAAUGCGGAAGUGCCGCCGUGGUUUGUUGUUCAUGGAUGGGGAGGAGUGGAUACACUUCCGUAAGAUUUUGAAUAAAGUGAUGUUGAUACCGGAUCCGUCGAACUUAAUGGCUGGCCCGUGUCAAGAGGUGGCUGAGGAGCUUAAAGAGAAUUGGCGGAAGCAGAUUAAGAUUAAUUCGGUCAUAGAGGACAUGCAGAUUCAUCUUUACCAAUGGUCUAUAGAGGCAAUGAUGGCAACGUUGAUGGGAUCGAGUUGGCGCACUUACAAAAAGCAAUUAUCACGAGAUUUCGAAAAAUUGGCAAGGAUGCUACACAAAAUAUUCGAGCAUUCGACUGCGCUGUCCAUAAUACCAGCUAAAUUGGCGAUGAAUCUGCGUUUACCUGUUUGGAGGAAAUUCGUGGAAUCCGUAGAUACAGCCUUCGAGAUCGUUCGAAUCUUGGUACCGGAAAUGAUCAAACUAGGUGGCGACGGUUUAUUAAAGAGAAUGAAAGAGGAAGGUAUCCGAGACGAAGACGCGAUGCGCAUCGUUACCGAUUUUAUUUUAGCAGCUGGCGACACGACAGCGACUACCCUGCAAUGGACAUUGUUGCUGCUGUGCAAUCAUCCUGAGAGACAAGUAGAGUUGUUCGAGAACAUAAAAGAUUUGUCUCAAAAAGAAUUAUUGCGCUCAACAUUGAUGAAAGGCAUAAUCAAGGAAUCUCUUCGAUUGUAUCCUAUAGCUCCGUUCAUAUCUCGGUAUUUACCACAGGACAGUGUGAUCGGUAAUUACUUUGUGUCGAAAGGGGAGUUACUUGUGUUAUCGAUUUAUUCGAGCAGCCGUGAUAGUAUGAAUUUUUCACGGCCGAGCGAAUUCCUUCCGGAAAGGUGGAUUAGGAUGGAAAAGGGCACUUACCAAGGUGUGAUGCACCCGCACGCGAGCUUGCCGUUCGCUUUAGGCGCGCGAAGCUGUAUCGGUCGAAAACUUGCGGAGAUACAAAUAUCGUUGGCGUUGGCAGAGUUGGUCAAAUCAUUCAAGAUAGACUGUAUAAACAAAGAUCAGGUGAAGAUGAUUUUGCACUUGAUUUCUGUCCCGUCGGAAUCAAUGAAGUUAAAACUGACGGAAAGGAACCAGUGACCAAAAAUAUUAUUUAAGGAUAAAGAAGUAUAUUCUGCUCUUUUGCACGUUCUUUAUUUGUCUAUUAAAAGCAACAAUAUUUGACCCGUAAACAUUUAUAUCGAAUAAACUAGAUCCAAAUACUAUCGCCGCUAUACAUAAUCCAUACACGUAAUAGUAUAUACAAUUACAAUUGUU